CACACACAAUGGCGCAAAGCAAACUGAACGAUCUUGCUGGCAAGCUGGGCAAAGGUGGCCCCCCUGGUCUGGGCAUCGGACUAAAGCUCUUGGCUGCUGUAGGCGCCGCUGCUUAUGGUGUCAGUCAAUCCUUGUACACCGUUGAGGGUGGCCAUCGCGCCAUCAUCUUUAGUCGCUUGGGCGGCAUACAGAACGAUAUUUAUUCUGAGGGUCUGCAUGUGCGCAUUCCUUGGAUCCAGUAUCCCAUUAUUUAUGAUAUCCGUUCGCGGCCACGAAAGAUUUCAUCACCUACCGGCUCGAAGGAUUUGCAAAUGAUAAAUAUAUCGUUGCGUGUGCUUUCGCGUCCCGAUUCACUCAAUUUGCCCUUCCUGCACAAGCAACUGGGUGUCGAUUACGAUGAGAAGGUGCUGCCCUCUAUUUGCAAUGAGGUGCUCAAGAGUGUGAUUGCCAAGUUCAAUGCAUCCCAGCUGAUAACACAGCGUCAACAGGUCUCUCUUCUGAUACGCAAGGAGCUGGUGGAGCGUGCGCGCGACUUUAACAUAAUUUUGGAUGAUGUUUCGCUGACUGAGCUCAGCUUUGGCAAGGAAUACACGGCAGCCAUUGAGGCCAAGCAGGUGGCACAGCAGGAAGCGCAGCGCGCCGUCUUCUUUGUUGAGCGCGCCAAGCAGGAGAAGCAACAGAAGAUUGUCCAGGCCGAGGGUGAAGCCGAGGCAGCCAAAAUGUUAGGUCUGGCCGUCAAGCAGAAUCCAGCCUACCUCAAGUUGAGAAAGUUGCGUGCCGCUCAAAGCAUUGCCCGCACGAUUGCCAGCUCACAGAACAAGGUUUAUCUGUCCGCCGACAGUUUGAUGUUGAACAUUCAGGACUCGAGCUUCGAUGACAUGACUGAGAAGGUUUACAAAAUCCCAGAAGGCUUGGAUUAAGUAAGCGGGCCAAUUCCUAAACUUGUUGAUUAAUUAACUUGAUGCACAGCAAUUUGCAUACAUAUAAGCUAGUGCCUAAGAUAAUGAUUAGAUAUAUAAAAAUCUUAGCGCGUCGUUCUAACUUCUUCACGCACUGUCUGCGCCGCCUCUCGCCUUUCUGCGUUCUGCCUGCUAUGUGGUGUACAGCUUCAUUUCACAUCGUUGCCGCAACGCAGGCGCGCAGCAUCCGCGAGAGAUCAGCGCUCACAGUUUGAUUGCGAAAGUGAGGACGACGACGCGGCUAAAUUGCCGCAGCAUUUAGCGUUUUGUCCCAUUCAAAGAAACAAUAACGAAAACUGUUAAUAAAUGCGCAUUGAGAAAACAAA